AUGAAGGCCUUGUAUUGUCAGCAGAAUUCACCUGGAGAGGAAAUGACAUUUGUCUUUUCCAAUCAUAAUAGCACUAUUAAUCAUUCAGUGGAAGAAGAGAGUGAAAACCUUCCUCCUCCAAGAGACAAUGAUGUGAAAGUACAAGUUAGAGCUUGUGCACUGAGCUGGAUAGAUACAAAGCUUCUGUCAGAAAUUAAACUGGAGAAGGAGCUCCUACCUGUUGGUCGAGAAAUUUCUGGAGUUGUAUUGGAAGUUGGAAGAAAGGUGACGUUUUUUCAGCCAGAUGAUGAAGUGGUGGGAAUUUUACCCCUGGAUUCGGAAGAGUCUGGUCUUUGUGAAAUUAUUCUAGUUCAUGAGCAUUAUUUGGUUCGUAAACCAGAAAAAGUUUGUUGGGUUGAAGCAGCCGGGACUGUUCGUGAUGGUGUCCGAGCAUACACAGCUUUACACUACCUUUCCCAAGUCUCUCCUGGAAAAACUGUCCUUGUAAUGGAUGGAGCAAGUCCUUUUGGUACAAUAGCUAUUCAGUUAGCACAACAUAGAGGAGCUAAAGUAAUCUCUACUGCAUACAGUCUUGAAGAUAAGCAGUACCUGGAGAGGCUUAGACCUCCUGUGGGUAAGUUACAUUCUUCAGUGCUAAA